UAGAAGAAGUUGUGCCUCGCAAAGAAGCUGACACACUUUCCGGAAUCAGAGAAACUUUUUGAAUUUCUGCGUAACAAUAAUAUCAAGUUACACCAGUAGACUCAAACAACAUGCCAGAUAUUGAUAUCGAGGAUAAGGAUAGCAUGUUAAUGCCAAUGAUAAACAUGUUAAAGAAGGAGCAGAAAUUUAUUGUCGAGAUUGAUUGUUUGGAAGAAUUUCCGGAUAACAUAAUUCUCCCCUUACCGAACUGUAUUAUUAGUACCUGUAGACCAAAACGAGUUAUUAAAUAUCUACAAUAUAUGCAUUCUUCUGCUGAACUUAAUCCUGUAAGAAGUAUUCAUUAUACGUACAAGAUACAUGAUACAGAUCGUACGUAUAUGGAUACGUAUACGUUUACUUCUAAUAUGUCUCUCGUCAACGAUGUCAUCAUUAUAUGUUAUUUAUAUUGUUUUGAACCGCAAUAUAGAAUUUUGCCCGGAAUAGAUGAAUUAAUUAAUAUGAUGAUGGACAAAUAUGUACUUUUAUUGGAUGAAGUGAUAGAUCAGUUAAUUCCGUAUUCUCCGAUUACCUUUUAUCAUGUAUUACAUUCCUUUCCAAGCAUAGGGGUGGCAUGCACUAAUGCAUCAAUGAAAAUACCAUCUUCAAACUUGUGUAAAUCUGCUGACUUUGUAUUACCUACUAUAAGGAAAAGAAUGAUUUGGUGCGACCUGAUUGCUUCAGUUCUUCCUAGAUUCGAUUCAGAUUUGACCUCUCUAAUAUGUCUCGAGAUAAUGAAGAAAGAUUUAUUUAAAAUGCGCAAUACAGUUAAAAAUUUGUUUAAUAUAGAAAAUCCAGAAGAAAAAAUUUUUACUACUAAUGAAUUAUAUCAUUGUAAGGCCUUCCCUUAUUCUUUGAAAUUGAAGUUAUGCGAGAGAUGGGACAUUAUAGAAAAAGUCAAUGAAGAACAUAACCAAUAUAAAUAUGUUGAUUAUUUUAAAAAAUUUAUUUCUGAAGUUGCUUCAUCCCGUACUCCCACAAAAGCGGAAUGACUUAUGCAAUUUUCUACCAGAACUUCCAACAUAUUUCCUGGCUUUAUAUGGUAUCUUGCAUUAUAUAUACUUAUAAAUACAAGUGUGUACUUAUAUCGUUACAAAGAUUAAAUACGAUUUACUUGCUUUUGUAGUUAUAACAUUUAGAAAGCGCGAAUUUCUUUCGGAACAUUUUUUU